CUUAUUUAAUUUUUGUUUCAGGAUAUCAGAUGAUAAACGUGUACAAUUCCUAAGAAUUAAUUCACAAGGAUUUUCAUAUUAAGAAGUGACCAUGGACUUUACAGCUGAUUGGUCGAUAAUGCAAACGUUAGGUGAAGGAGCAUAUGGAGAAGUGAAACUUUUGAUCAACAAGAAUGAUGGGAUGGCUGUGGCCAUGAAGGUGAUAAAUCUGGAGGAACAUCCAGAGGCCAGUGUAAACGUCCAGAAGGAGAUAGCUAUACACAGAAUGCUCAAUGAUCCCCACAUUCAAGUACUUCGGCCAAAGAACUGAGGGCUCA